AAGUUUUUGUGUCAUCAAAAUAAUCGAAGUAUAAUUGUUUUAGUAUAGUCUAGUCCAGCAUAGAAAAAAAAGUAAAAAUGCCUUAUCCUGAAAAGGAAGAAAAUAAUAAAGAGAAUCAAGAAAAAAAAGUGAAAAAGAAAAAAUCAUCCAAGAUAGCUGAAGGACAAUUGAAGGAGAGUGUUAAAGAAUCAGUAGAAGAAAAGAAAAAGGAAACGGAAAAGAAAAAGGAAAUGGAUAAGAAAAAAGAAGAGGAAAGAGAAAAAGAAAAAUCUGAUGUAGAGACAAUAAAAACAAAAAAUUCACAAAAUAAUGUUUCCGUGGAGAAAUCGAUGAUUUUCAACGCUGUUUCUCUACCUAAAGAAAUAAAGAUUCGAAAUGAAGUAGGAAAAAGUGAUUUGAUCAAAUUAUCAGAGCUAAAAGAAGCAUUUCAAUUAUUUGACUUUAAUUGUGAUGGUAUCAUUGAUUUAGAAGACCUAAAGUUUACUUUCAUAACUAUGGGCAAACCCGAUGUAUCCGAAGAACAAUUACAGCGAAUGUUAUCAGAAAUACCGACUCCGAUUGAUUUUGAUGCGUUUAUUACACUUUUUGGACAAAAAGUUAGUGAAAUGGACUCUGAAGAAGUUAUCACUGCUGCAUUAUCAACUUGGGAUAUGAGAAACAUCGGAAUGAUUCCAGAAAACAAAAUACGUGAUGAUCUUCAAAAAUUUGGUGACAAAUUUACAAUUAAGGAAGUUGAUCGUGCCUUAGAGGAAGCACCAAUUUAUUUGCUAGAUGGUAAUGCAAUGAUAGAUUAUAUUAAAUUUAGUAACAAUAUCUGUGGUUUUCAAAAUCUGACCAAAGCUAGACAAUAUCAGAAAAAUUUAGAAAAUGUUUAAAAAAUAUAGUUCUGA